UAAUCCGAGAUUUCCUCGAGCCGAAAAGUCGCUCCCGAAUUUCACCCGCGAAAUUUCCCGGCCAAAUUUCCGAUUUUUUCCGGCGAAUGUUCGGGGAAGCUACGAGACACAGAGAAAGAAGGGGUGAAAGCGCCAUCUCUCUUCCUGAGUUAUUCCCUGAUCGUUUUCAUUAGAAUCUCAUGCGAACCCGCUUUGUCUUUUAGGCUUGAGCCGCUUCCGUCCCCCCUCUCUCUCUACUAUAUUUAUCCCAUGAUCUUUUCGCAUCUUUCUCAUUCAUUUUUUCAAAUCUUUACGCAUCUUACUCAUUCACUAUGUUUCUCUCUCCUUUAAUUAUACCUUAAUUUCUUCAAUCCCUUUCUAUUCAGUACACUCCAUCUCUUCUGCUUCUGCAACUCCUCUUGAGCAGCUAUGGCUAUGAGCAUCAAUGGCUUCUCCCCGCCUCUGUAUUCUUCUUCUUUUUUUAGAGAAAUCAACAGAGCUCCCAUGCAAUUUUCACCUGAUCGACCUGAAUUUUUGUCAGGCCAGAUUUUUUCUUCAAAGCGUCAGGUCCUGAGGAGAUGCAGUACUAUCUCUGAAUCGCCUUUGCUAGAGCUUGGAGACGAUGUACAGCGAAACCUGUCUCUUUUAAAACCAAGAGAGAAAAAGGGAUCAUCACCAGAAAGAGAAGAUAACAAUGUGAUCCUACAGAAACAGGUGGAGAGAGUGAAAGAGAGGCUUUCGGGUGUCGGAAACGGGGAGAUAAGCGUGUCGGCUUACGACACGGCGUGGGUAGCACUAGUUCCGGACAUGAGUACCAGCGGGUGGCCUCAGUUCCCGUCCAGCUUGCGUUGGAUUGCCAAGAAUCAGUUAUCGGACGGUUCAUGGGGUGACUCACGAAUCUUCUCGGCUCAUGACCGCAUAAUCAACACUCUGGCCUGUGUCAUCGCAUUAAAAACAUGGAACAUUUGCCCCGAAAAAACAGAGCAAGGAAGGUUGUUUCUUGUCGAUAAUAUGUGGAGACUGGAAGGCGAAAAGGCGGAGCACAUGCCCAUAGGAUUUGAGGUGGCGUUCCCUUCUCUCGUGUCCACCGCUGCCGCCAUGGGCCUCGACCUACCCUAUCACUCUGCUUUCCUCAAGAAAGUCCAUGAAAUGAGGCAAUUCAAGCUCCAAAGGAUACCAAAGGAAACAAUGCAUAACACACCAACGACGUUGUUGCAUAGUUUGGAAGGAAUGGUGGAGUUAGAUUGGGACAAACUUCUAAGGCUUCGGUGCAGCAAUGGCUCCUUCCUCUUCUCACCUUCAGCAACUGCCUUUGCUCUCAUCCAAACCAAAGACCAAAACUGCCUUAGAUAUCUUCAAAGAGUCGUCAACAAGUUCGAUGGUGGAGUGCCCAAUGCCUAUCCGGUAGAUUUAUUUGAGCGAUUAUGGUCCAUUGAUCGUCUGGAGCGCCUAGGGAUCACUAGAUACUUCGAGUCUGAGAUCAGAGACUACCUACACUAUGUUUACAGAUAUUGGACGGAGCAGGGAAUAUGUUGGGCAAGAAACUCAAACGUUCAGGAUGUUGAUGAUACGGCCAUGGCCUUCAGACUCUUACGUUUACAUGGCUACGAUGUUUCAGCAGAUGUUUUUCAGUAUUUCAAAAAAGGGGAAGAGUUCUUCUGUUUCUUUGGGCAGUCUAACCAGGCUGUUACUGGAAUUUACAACCUCAAUAGAGCUUCUCAACUGCUAUUUCCUGGAGAGACCAUUUUGGAGGAAGCCAAAGAAUUCUCCUACAAAUUCCUUAGGGAAAAGCAAGCAUCCAAUCAAUUGUUAGAUAAAUGGAUUAUUACCAAGGAUUUGGUGGGUGAGGUGGAGUACGCUUUAGAUUUUCCGUUCUAUGCAAGCCAGCCUCGGGUGGAGACCAGAUAUUACUUGGAACAGUAUGGCGGGGAAGACGAUGUUUGGAUUGGCAAAACAUUAUACAGGAUGCCUUUCGUGAACAACGCCGAUUUCCUGGAACUCGCCAGACUCGACUUUAACCGGUGCCAGUUCGUACACCAAACAGAAUGGCAUGACCUUCAAAGGUGGUACGCCAAGUAUAACCUAGGGGACUUGCAAGUGAGUCAAAAUUCGGUUUUGGAGCACUACUUCGUGGCGGCCACAGCUGUGUUCGAGGUGGAGAGGAGGCUGGAGCGUCUCGGUUGGGCUCAAAGUGCGGUUUUGAUGGACGCUGUUUACUCUUACUUUACUGAUAAGAACAGAACGGCUGAAGAGAAAGUAGCAUUUGUGGAGGAUCUGAGGAGGGGAUUGUCGAUGAAGACAGAGGAAGGGCUUCAGGGUGUCGUGUCCGAGAUCAUCGAUUUUCUCUCUCUAAGCACUCUUCUCUCGCAUGGCCGAGACAUCUCUCGCCGCCUCCGAUCCGCAUGGGAAACAUGGCUGCUGAGCCUAAAAGACGAGGGAGGUGCGGGUGUGAUGAGCGGCGAGGCCGCGCUUCUGGUGUCAACAUGCAUCCUGUGUAGUGGCCGUCCGAUCCCUGAAUCGAUGGUCUACGAGCCACGAUACACGCGCCUCGCAGGCCUGGCUAAUUCCGUCUGUUCCCGCUUACGACAUCUGCGCACGUCAUUGACAAAGAUGAGAAGCGGCAGCGGCACGAAAUAGACAGGGAAAUGAAAGAAUUGGUACAAGGCGUGGUCGAGAUUUCGGAUGCUGUUGAUGUUGAAGUCAGACGGACGUUCCUUAGAGUGGUGAAGGGCGCAUACUACUAUACAUUUUGCCCCCCUGCCACCAUCAAUCUUCAUAUCCACAAGGUUCUGUUCGAGACAGUUCCCUAACCAUGGAGC